AUGGCAAUGCCUCUCGCUUGGCCUGAAAUUGCUCAUACAGCAGAAGAUGUGCUGCAGUUCUGCAAGAUGAUUGGCAGAGGAAGUAACUACACUCAGAUUGAUGAUCUGUCACGGAAUUUGGAAAAGGGGUCUACAACACACUCUUGUUUGUUCCAGAUGAGCAGCUCAAGUCCGACAGACAUCUUGAACGAGAUUCCGAUGCUUGGCCAACAAGUUUUUGACAUGAAGCUGGACGAAGAGAGAAAAGUCAACCCUCACAAUCCUUGGAAAACUGUGCAGAUCAGCAACAACAGGGUGGUGUAUUAUGAAAGUUUUCAUUUGCUGAUCAACCGCUACACGUACAACAAGAAUCAUGGAAUCUCUUUUCACGAUGACAUUAAAGAAGGAUAUGAUGUGGACAAAGAUCCCAUUACUUCUUUCUCCUGCCGACUCGGGUCUUUGCUGGUUAUCAUCUCCAGCAGAGCACCAGAGAAACAAGAGAAGACCGAGGGCAAACGUGCGUUUGUUGUGUAUCAGCCUCCGGGAACAAUUCUUGUGAUGGGCGGCAAGUUUCAGAGAGCUUACAAACAUGGUGUACCAAGUUUUCAGGAGAUCAAAGAGCUUCUUGCUUGUGCAGACGACUUGACUACUUGGGACGGUGUGAAACUAAAAUUGGAGUGGUUUUCGAAUUCGAAAGACUUGAUGCGACAGGAAGUUAGACGUAUUGACGCCUUGAAUCUGGUCAACGAGCAAGACGCACGUUUGAACGUCACAAUGCGAUGGGUGAGAAAUCAUUCACAGCCUUUCUGUCCUCUAAAUCCCCGACUCUUGGCAAAUAUCAGUCGACUGGAUGAAGAAAAUCAUCAGCGGAGGAAUCAGCUGAAGCAGCUGAAACUGUUGAACCCGGUAUUGCAGAAAAAAACUGCAGAGCCAAAGGCAAAGGCCGCUAGCCCGGCAUUUGCUUGGAACCCGCCCGGAGGAAACAGAGCUCGUCCAAGCAAAAGCGGAACACAGGAUGUGAAUCCGGGGAGGGAAACCGAGGAGAAAGAAUCGGAGAAAGAUUCAGAAAAGGAAUUAAAUGAGAUAUUUGACUUCGUUUCUAUUAUUUCUGAUGCCCUGGAGCUGCAGAUAUUAUCAGACGAUCAGAUGAUUGGCAUGGCAUUGUGUGCCAGCCAGCAAAUUCGCAAACAUCGUUUCUCCACAUUUCAGAAACAGUACAAUCUUGGUUACAAUUUGUACAACAAGAUUUCGGCAGCGAAUAUGAAAGUGAAAGAGGAUUUAGACCCGUUACUCGAGGCUGUAGAUCGGAAACUGAGGAGAUUGAAAAACUUGCAGAUGCUUAUUGAGCUUUUGUGGUUGGACAGCGAAGGUCAGGGCAAUUUCAUGAGCUGUACUACUCUGAACCAGCAGCACGAGUUCAACAAGUCAAAUGAUCAUCUGGAUCGGGUUGUGAUGUCCUUCUUUGACUUGAACGAAUGCUUGCCUGUGGACGGCUUUUUGAGCUGGGAUCACAUGAUUGAUGAAGGAUGGCUGGUGUUCAAUUUCGACACUUUACAGGACAAUCGAAAACCCAAAGCGGAGGUAACAAAAUCGAAGAAAGGUUCACCGGUCGUAGCUGAUGUCACAAUGACAGGGAUCGUCAAAGUGAGCCAAUUUGACAUCCUGUAUAUCAAGAGAGAAAAUAUUUUGCCAGAGCAGUUCCCUUUGCGAGUGACAUUUCUUGCUGAUGCAUCAAAGAAUGUUGCUGCAAAGUGCAAGGACAAGCAAUCUUUGAGCAGUCAGGAACAAUUGAAACUGUGGAUGCAACAGCUGAUGAACUUCGUCGCGGAAUUGGAGGAAGAAAAAGGUUUCAGUCCACUUUUAGAUCGAAAAGGAUUCAUGAAAACCUGCAAAAUCGUACUGUGGACACUUCCUCUCUCUGACGCUCUGGAAUAUAAGAAUAAGAAGCAAAAGAAAGCUUCGAAUACUCGCGGUUGA